AUGCUGGAGAUGGUGGUGGCGGAUGACCUGCGGCCAAACGGGUCGGCUGCGCCGGCGCCCAGCAAGCGCAUGGUCCCCGCCCCACACAACCUGGUGGCCCCAGGCAUGGGCCCUAAUGCCAACGGCAUCGCAGCGCUGCCGCCGGGGUCGGCGGCAGCCGGGUCGCUGACCGGCCGGCGCGGCGCGCUGGGCGGCAGCAAUGGCGGCAGCAUGCUGCCGGCCGCGGCGGUGCAGCAGCUGCUGGCGCAGCAGGCCACCAGCAAGGCGGUGACCGCGCAGCUAGGCCUGGCGCAGCGCCAGGUGGAGGACCAGGCGCUGGAGCUGACGGAAGUGCGGCGGGAGCUCUCCAAGAAGGAGGCAGAGGUGGUGUCGCUGCGGCACCAGCUGGCGGAGCGGGACGGCAAGCUCAAGGCGGCGCGCACCGACGCCCUGGAGGCUCGCAUGGCGCUGCAGCAGAAGGACGCGGAGCUCAAGGCCGCCUUUGCGCAGCUGUCGGAGGCGGUGCACGAGCGCAGCGUGAUGCGGACGCAGCUGGCCCAGACGCACGCUGAGCUGGCGGAGACGCGGGCGGAGCUGGAGCAGCUGGCCGACGACAUCCUGGCCAUCAAGCUGCUCAUGGACGACGAGGACUUUGCCGGGGAGGAGGGGGCGGAGGCGUACGCCUACGACGCGGGCGGCGCGCCAGCUGGCGCUGAGCUGGCGGGCGCUGACGAGGCGCUGGACAUCCUCCAGAGCCUGGCCGCGCUCAGCCGCCAGCUGGUGGAGGAUGCCAGCGAGGACGACGCAAUCCUGGAAAGCAUGGCGGGCGGCUGGGCCGGCCAGGCCGACGCCGGCGGCGCAGCCGUGUGA